AUGAACAAUCUCAAUACGGUGUUAAAUAGCCAAUACUUUACUAUUGAUUGUCCAGUGUUUUCCGAAUAUAGCUCUCCAAUCAUGUUCGGUGGUCAGUUAUUGCUUUCAUUUUUGACGACAGUAGCUUGUCUCGUAGUAGUUCCUAUUCAUGCAUUUGUCGAUAGCGAAUCACGAAUCGUCGGAGGAGUGAACGUAACCGGUAAUGGCAGUCCAUACCUAGUGUCUAUUCGUUUGGCGGGUAAAGAUUUCCACUGCAAUGGAGUGCUAAUCUCUACACGGGAAGUCCUAACGGCAGCUCAGUGUGUUUACAAUGGAAAUGCCGUUCGAAAAAUCAACGAGUUUCAGUUGGUACUUGGAACAUUGGCGAAUUCCAACAGCUCAGCAGGAUCUACCGUUCGCUCGGUUUGGAACGUUUGGCCGCAUAACGACUACAAUCCCACAACGCGUAUCAAUGAUCUAGCUGUUCUUCGAUUGAAUGCGACAGUUCCGAUUUCGGCGACAUUGUCUCCUGUGGGCUUUGGAGCGGCCAGUCCGGUUGUAAAUCGUACGUGCACGUUGUUCGGAUGGGGUGCAAAUGCUACCACCGGUAGACCAGCCAAUACGCUUCAGAGGAUAAAUCUGCAGGUGCAGUCCAGCACUUCUGCGCAUUGUGUACGAGCAGCUGGAGGUGUUCCACUCAGAGAUGGAAUGCUGUGCGCGGGAGAUUUGACAGCAGGCCGCGGAGCAUGUACCGGGGAUUUGGGGGCUCCACUGAUUUGCGACGGAAGUCUUUUCGGAGUUCUGUCUAUGACUGGUGGAUGCGGAGGUCUAAAUGAAACGUCCAUUUUUAUCGACACCACGCGUUAUUUGAGUUGGAUUCAGAACAGGACACAGCAGGCCGUAGUGCCUCCACCGAACGAGAACGGAUCCGGUACUGGAACUCGCAGUGCGCUGGAAUUGGGGCUGCUAGUUCUAUCUGUUUUGUACACGCUCGUGAUAAUGAAAUAGAAAUGUAAUAAUUGAUAACAUGAGUCUUCCACUGGCCGCAUGCUGCGCUCGACCGAGAAGUUGUUAUCAGCUUUGAUUGAGAUAAUUAAAAGAUAACGUGAACAACCGAACAGUCAUGAAUAAACCUAUCACACUUCAGUGAACUGCAUUGUCGUGCCCUCGAAACAUACAAAAAGCAAUAUUUAUUUGAUCAAAUUAUAAGUAUAAAGUUGUUGUUUUUUACUAGCGUUAAUCGUAAACACCGACAUUUUACAUCAAAUAAACGGCUCAACCUAAAACAUGCAACCACUUAUUUUCGUAA